CAGCAGCCCAUGUGGGAAAACCACGUUGUGUCAUUAGAACCAAAAUGGCUUCGUGCAGCAUAGAAGACGUGCUCGCUAAAGCCGAAAGAGACGAGGCUGAAAAGCUAAAAGGUAUUACAGUAAACAAAGAGUUAGAUCUCGAAUUUGACCCGGGUAAUUUGCUUGCGUUUGAUAAGAAUCGGAUAGAUACUCGGGAAUUUAAAGACAACAAACGGGAAGACUUUAUACGCUCAUUAGCUAGAGAUAACACUCAACUCCUCAUCAACGAGAUGUGGAAACUUCCAACAGAAAGAGUUGAAGAAAUCAUCGUAGCCAAGCUACCAGAUCCAUCCACUCCGUUACCCAGGGAAAAGCCUGCACCAAAACCAAAGCCUCCUACAAAGUGGGAACAGUUUGCCAAACUGAAAGGCAUUCAGAAGAAAAAGAAGACCAACUUAGUCUGGGAUGAAGUUCAUAAGGAAUGGAGGAGGCGAUGGGGAUACAAACGUGCCAAAGAUGACACCAAGGAAUGGUUGAUAGAGGUCCCAGAGAAUGCAGAUCCCAGUGAGCACCAGUUUGCUAAAAGGAAUAAAGCCAAGAAGGAGCGAGUGGCCAAGAAUGAGUACAACAGACUCAAGAACAUCGCCAGAGCUCAGAAGAUCAAGGUGCCAGGCAUGGGACUCGCACCCACCCCUCGGCAGCCCAAAGCAGAGCUGGCACAAGCCGUCAAUGUCGCCAAGAUAUCCACAGCCUCUGUUGGUAAAUUCCAGGAUAACCUGCCCAAGGAGAAAACGCCUAAAAACACUGGGAAAAAGAGAAAAUUCCAGCCUCUUAUUGGUGACUUUAGUAGUGAGAAACAAAAACAGCUGGAUUUACUGAAAGUGAUGGACAGUAAGAAGCCACGUCUUGACAUCACCAAAGCUGUGAAUAAGCAAAUGAGGGAAGAGGAUCGGGAAUCGGCACAAAAGAGUAAGAAAGGCUUUGGAAAGAAGGGACGAAGGGGAAACAUGUCUGGUAAAGGAAAAGGAAAGGCUGGUGGAAAGGGAAAGGCUCCCAAAGGCAAAGGACGGAAACCUCACAUGAAGCAAGGAAAACGCUAAAAUCUACAGCAGUGUGGACUUCUUAUAUAUAUUGUAAAAUCCUAAAUAUGUAUUGUGUACGUGAUGUCAACCAGUUAUGUGUCAUAUACAGCCACAACUUUGAGUGCCUUGGUGCUAGAGUUUGAUUCUAUUCAAUAUGUAUUCAUUGAUACUAUUCAUUCUGGACUUACAGUUUUUAUGAAAACAUGAGUGUAUUGCUGGACUGAAAAUAAUUGGACUGUGAAUGUUUGAUUUAAUAUCGCCACCUGUUAUUCAUAUUAGUGAUUUCACAAUAAAUUAAAAAAUCCUUUCUGAUAUGUCAUCUAUUCUUGGUUGAAUAUUGUGAAUAACAUAGAUUGUAGGUCAUAUAUUGCCCAAAAAGUAAUCAAAAAAUUAA